CGAGAAGCGUAGACGGGUACCCAUCUCUCCUACGUGGUUCGAUUAACGAGAUAGAGAGACGUAGUACUCGUCUAUACACGGCGUUCCCGGCGGGCGUCUAUUUUCGUGUUGCGAGAUCUUUUCAUACACAAUGCAGGUUUCAGAAGGUGUUUCGAAGCAGAUUGUGCGGGAAGGAACAGGAAACUACCCAAAAGCAGGUGAUAGUAUCACCGUGCACUGCACUGGAUGCUUGACUACACCACCAAAAAAAUUUUGGAGAGGAUGGGAUGAGGGAUGCCUCCAGAUGAGGAAGGGAGAAGUGGCACGUCUCACGAUCGCCGGACACAAGGGGUACGGAGCCAGCGGCUUUCCAGCGUGGGGGAUAACCCCGAAUGCCGAACUGCUGUUUGAGAUUGAGAUCCUGACGAUCAAUGGACAGUGAUCGAUCGUGGCGCCACGCCGCGAGCACCCUCUCACACCCUUCGCACGACGCAUCGUCACGACCACUCGUCUCCCUCCAAGCACGUGACUCUCGGCGCGAAUGAUGACAACGUUUGAUCGUAGUUUGACGCGGGGUAGAUUUGUGUUACGUCUCACGGGAAGUCGCUGCGAGAUUGUGGUGGGUGGCUGGAUAUCGUGACAUCGUGCUUCGUAGUUAUGACGGCCGUCCUCUGUCAUACCAUUUUGUCGUGUGGGAAAUGCAUUCAUUAUUUUAUUCUACGAAAUUGUGGUUUUUCGGCUAACUUACUCGGUAAUUUUUCACAGCGACAUGUGAAAGCUAUCUAUAAAAAUUGAUUGUGAAUGCAAUCGUCGGUUUCAAUAUCAAUAAGCUAUCUAUAAGAGAUCUAGUAACUAGCAUCAAAGUGGUCGUGGUAAUGAUGAGAGUAAUUAAAUUUUGGAUGCUCACAAGCAGAUUAAAUUAUGUAUAAUAUCGUGUUUACUGUGUAACGUUAUUUCAAUCACUCGCUUUGCACAUUUUGCUAGACAAAAUUGUAUCAUUAAUUAUAAAAUUAGUAAUACUUAUGAAUGAUUGGACAUGCCAUUAUAUCGUAGACUUACACGUGUGUGUGUGCGUGCGUACGUGCGUGCGUGCGUGAAUACAUACGUGGGUGCGUGCGUGUGUGUGUGCGUGUGUGUGUGUGUGUCUGUUCCAAGAUGCUACGAUCACUAAUCUUUUAUACGUGUAAUUUGUUUAUUAUUAAAGUACUGAUUGUGUUAGACAUCACUA